AUGGGAGCUCGAUAUGACAUCAUGAACAUGGUCAUUUCCCCAAACAAAUCCUUUCAUAAGAUGAAAGUUGGAAGUGUGGAUCCUCAUGCUAUUGAAGGACAACAGUUCAUCAUCUACAAGGAUAUCAUAGUUUGGCAAAGAGCCUUUAACCAGCUGGUGAACAAUAAAAUCAUAUCUAAUCCAUGCUAUAUUAAACUCUAUGGUCAGGUGCUGCCCAUUUCUCUAUGUAAUGACUACUGCCAUCCUGGUUAUCAGAAGAAAAAGAAGGAAGGGAAGAAAUUUUGCUGCUACGAUUGUGUCCCAUGUCCAGAAGGGAAAAUGUCAAGCCAAAGGGACAUGGAGGACUGUAUCAAAUGUCCAGAAGAUCAAUAUCCUAGCAAGGAACAAGAUGGCUGCAUUCCCAAGAUAAUAAGUUUUCUGUCUUAUGAGGAACCUUUAGGGAUCAGUUUAGCCUUGUUUGCAGGUGCCUUUUCCCUGAUCACAUCCUUUGUUCUGGGAACUUUCAUUAAACACAAAGAUACUCCCAUAGUCAAAGCCAACAACCGGAGCCUCACCUAUACUCUUCUAAUCUCCCUCCUGCUCUGCUUCCUCUGUUCUUUGCUUUUCCUUGGGCAGCCGAAAAAGGUGACUUGUCUUUUCCGGCAAUCUGCAUUUGCCAUCAUCUUCUCAGUGGCUGUUUCUUGUGUGUUGGCUAAAACCAUCACAGUGAUUCAAGUUUUCAUGGCCACCAAGCCAGGAUCUAGCAUGAGGAAAUGGAUGGGGGGAAAGCUGGCCAACUCCAUUGUUAUUUCCUGUUCCCUUAUUCAAGGAGGCAUUUGCAUAGUGUGGCUAGGAACUUCUCCCCCUUCCCCUGAUUUGGACAUGAAGACCUUUAAUGAAAAGAUUGUACUAGAAUGUAAUGAAGGUUCCAUAGUGAUGUUCUACAUUGUCCUGGGCUACAUGGGACUUCUCUCCAUCAUCAGCUUCACUGUGGCUUUCCUAGCCAGGAAGUUGCCUGACACCUUUAAUGAAGCCAAAUUCAUCACCUUCAGCAUGUUGGUAUUCUGCAGUGUUUGGGUGUCUUUUGUUCCAACCUACCUGAGUACCAAAGGGAAAUCCAUGGUGGCCGUGGAGCUCUUUUCUAUCUUGGCUUCUAAUGCUGGGUUAUUGAUUUGUAUCUUUUCUCCAAAAUGCUAUAUUAUUUUGCUGAGGCCUGACUUGAACAACAAGAGGCAAUUGAUGAGGAGAAAGCAAUAA